UCGAUAUCUACGGCAAAUGGGCACUCUGCGAAUCGAUAGAAUCUCCUACGUCUAUCGGCAUUUUAGCUAAAAGCGUCUGAAAUCUUCGCAUUUUUCCAACCUUCUUUGCAAUUAAACCAUAGAAAUGGGUAAUAUUUUUGGGCUUCGAAGACAAGAUAGCACUGACAAUCCUAUGGAGAACCAUAAUGACAUUUACUACGAGUCAGAAAACUAUAGCUUAAGAAGGACAAUACCCGAUGAAGAUGGGAACAUUUUUGUGCGUCAUGAGAUAAUCCAUGCUGCUUGGAGAAACCCAGCCCCAAUUCGAAGUGAGAGCCAUCACAGGUCAACUAGACCUGGUUUUGGUGGCCAUUAUUCAUCGGUGCAACCGAUCUAUGAGGAUUUGGACCCAGAUGAGGGUGUCGAGGACCUCAACUAUGUAUAUUAAAGGGAGAACUUUGAAGAAGCCGAGUAAAGCUAAAAAUAUGGAAUAUUCAAUCAAAAUACAAAUAUAAAUAUAUAUAUUCGUACAAUUAUACAUUUAUUUUCUUCCAUAUUAAACCCCAUCGCCGAAAGAUCUAAGGUCCACCGGAGGAGUCCACCCGCCAUUAUUGGUGAAGAGUAAAAUCUCGAAUCACUAGUGCUUGAGUACCGCGAGUGUGGAGAAUUAGUUAUACCCCCUCUUAGUCAAUCAUUCAUUCCACUCUCACUGCGAAAUUGUUUACGUUUCGUAAAAACUCUCCACCUUAUCAACACCACCUUCUCUACCGUGUAUACAUACAUACAUACGUAGGCAAAUUUAACUCUCUGCUCUCCAAUUCACAGACUUGAUCAGGUCAGUUCGUUCUCAGUUUAUUUCAUUCUCGCCACGGACGCCCUCUCAUUCGGUUCUU